AUGAUUGGCUGUGGCGCUUGUGAACCCGAAGUAAAGAUGGCGGGCGGGCCGGCAGCCGCAGCACUGCCCACUAGGAAGAUGGCGGCGCGCCGCAGCCUCAGCGCCCGCGGCCAGGGGGUUCUGCAGGCGGCAGCGGGGCGGCUGCUGCCGCUGCUGCUGCUGAGCUGCUGCUGCAGCGCGGGUGGAUGUGCAGCGGCGGGCGAAAACGAGGAGACGGUGAUCAUCGGAUUGCGGCUGGAGGACACGAACGACGUGUCGUUCAUGGAAGGGGGGGCGCUGCGGGUGAGCGAGCGGACCCGGGUCAAGCUGCGAGUGUACGGACAGAACAUCAACAACGAGACAUGGUCCCGCAUUGCUUUCACCGAGCACGAGCGGCGGCGCCACAGCCCCGGCGAGCGCGGGCUGGGGGGACCCGCGCCGCCGGAGCCGGACAGCGGCCCCCAGCGCUGCGGCAUCCGCACAUCAGAUAUCAUCAUCUUGCCUCAUAUCAUUCUCAACCGGCGUACAUCGGGCAUCAUUGAAAUCGAGAUCAAACCGCUGCGCAAGAUGGAGAAGAGCAAGUCCUAUUACCUGUGCACGUCGCUCUCCACGCCGGCCCUGGGCGCCGGCGGCUCGGGGUCCGCGGGUGGCGCCGUCGGGGGCAAGGGAGGCUCCGGGGUGGCCGGACUCCCGCCGCCCCCGUGGGCCGAGACCACCUGGAUUUAUCACGACGGCGAGGACACCAAGAUGAUCGUGGGCGAGGAGAAGAAGUUCCUGCUGCCCUUCUGGCUGCAAGUGAUCUUCAUUUCGCUGCUCCUCUGCCUAUCGGGCAUGUUCAGCGGCCUCAACCUGGGACUCAUGGCCCUAGAUCCGAUGGAGCUGCGCAUCGUGCAGAACUGCGGCACAGAAAAGGAAAAGAAUUACGCCAAGCGCAUCGAGCCCGUACGCAGGCAGGGCAACUACCUGCUGUGCUCGUUGCUGCUGGGCAACGUGCUGGUCAACACCACGCUCACCAUCUUGCUCGACGACAUCGCGGGCUCAGGCCUCGUGGCGGUGGUGGUCUCCACCAUCGGCAUCGUUAUCUUCGGGGAGAUCGUACCCCAGGCCAUUUGCUCCCGGCAUGGCCUGGCUGUAGGGGCCAACACCAUCUUCCUCACCAAGUUUUUCAUGAUGAUGACCUUCCCCGCUUCUUACCCGGUCAGCAAGCUGCUGGACUGCGUCCUGGGCCAGGAGAUAGGCACCGUCUACAACCGGGAAAAACUGCUGGAGAUGCUCCGGGUCACAGAUCCCUACAACGACCUCGUUAAGGAGGAGCUGAACAUCAUCCAAGGGGCGCUGGAGCUCCGCACCAAGACCGUGGAGGACGUGAUGACUCCCCUCCGGGACUGUUUCAUGAUCACCGGCGAAGCCAUUCUGGACUUCAACACCAUGUCAGAGAUCAUGGAGAGCGGUUACACUCGCAUUCCAGUAUUUGAGGGGGAGCGCUCCAACAUCGUGGACCUCCUCUUUGUCAAAGACUUGGCCUUCGUGGAUCCAGAUGACUGUACUCCCCUGAAAACCAUCACUAAAUUUUAUAACCACCCCUUGCACUUUGUUUUCAAUGACACCAAGUUGGACGCUAUGCUGGAAGAAUUUAAGAAAGGUAAAUCUCACCUGGCUAUUGUGCAGCGAGUAAACAAUGAGGGAGAGGGGGAUCCAUUUUAUGAAGUGCUGGGAAUUGUCACAUUAGAGGAUGUGAUCGAAGAAAUCAUCAAGUCUGAGAUUCUAGAUGAAACAGAUUUAUACACUGAUAACAGAACGAAAAAGAAAGUGGCCCAUCGAGAAAGAAAGCAAGAUUUUUCCGCCUUUAAGCAGACAGACAGCGAGAUGAAGGUUAAAAUAUCACCACAGCUUCUCCUGGCCAUGCACCGUUUCCUAGCAACAGAAGUAGAAGCAUUUAGCCCAUCCCAGAUGUCAGAGAAGAUCCUUCUAAGGCUGCUAAAGCACCCCAAUGUCAUCCAGGAACUGAAGUAUGAUGAGAAGAACAAGAAAGCCCCAGAAUACUACCUCUACCAGCGAAACAAACCUGUAGACUACUUCGUUCUCAUUUUGCAGGGGAAAGUGGAAGUAGAAGCUGGGAAAGAAGGUAUGAAGUUUGAAGCCAGUGCUUUUUCAUACUAUGGCGUAAUGGCCCUCACAGCCUCUCCAGUUCCUUUGUCCCUGUCUCGUACCUUUGUUGUCAGCAGAACAGAGUUGUUAGCAGCAGGUUCUCCAGGUGAAAACAAGUCACCUCCACGCCCGUGUGGCUUGAAUCACUCGGACUCUCUGAGUCGCAGUGACCGGAUCGAUGCGAUGACACCGACGUUGGGAAGCAGCAACAAUCAGCUCAACUCUUCAUUCCUCCAAGUCUACAUCCCUGACUACUCAGUGCGAGCCCUCUCUGAUCUCCAGUUUGUUAAGAUCUCAAGACAGCAGUACCAAAAUGCCUUGAUGGCAUCCCGGAUGGACAAAACUCCUCAGUCUUCAGACAGUGAAAACACUAAAAUUGAAUUGACUCUUACCGAGCUGCACGACGGGUUGCCGGACGAGACGGCCAACCUGCUCAAUGAACAGAACUGUGUGACGCACAGCAAGGCCAACCACAGCCUGCACAGCGAAGGCGCCAUCUAAUGUCCCUCCCUGGCCCUGGCCCUGGCCCCAACCUGAGGCCCGGCCUCCUCCAUCUGACCGUGAAUCCCAUUAGUGUGAGCUUGCGUGCCAUGCUGCAUCCUGCAACAUCCUGAGACCAAAGACUUUGUCCCCUUCCUGGAAGCAGCAGAGGAGGUUGGGGAGGGCAGGAAUGGAUACCCGAGAUGUGAACCUGACAGCCAGAGCGUGGCAUUCGAAAUUAUGGAGAUGAACUUCUUCCGCCCUAAUAGAAUCAUGUUUAUUUUUUCAGCUGUACCUUUUACCAUUAUUCACGCUCCUCCUCCCUUAAUUUGCAUGGAGUUGAAAAUUGUUGCGAGAGUUACUAUUUUUUUCCCCCCCGAGAGAUCAUGUUUUUAAAAAGUAUCUUUUGCAGAGUUUGAAGUUGUUCUGUCUGAACUCUGCCGUGACCCCAUGAUGUGACCCUGAGAGGAUGGACUUGCCCCUCCAGGUGGCCUGCCUUGGGCCCCCUGGGGAGAGGCACCCUUCCUCUGUGCCCCAGGGGGUGUCGCUGUCGAACUUGAAGGAUGAAUGAAGAAAGCCGCGUGGGCACCGACCUGACAAGGCUGUGGGCACUGUGGGGCGGCGCCCGCACGGGGACCCGCACUCGCUGAUCUGAGCUCAGUGUUGUUUUAAGUUAAUGUUUAACGGUGUCCCUUUCCCUCAGAAAGGUUUAACGCUUGCUUGGAAUGUGAUCUUGCUCCCACUCUAAGGAAUUUUUAUCACCAAAAUGAAUGUUAAUGAAUUUUACACCCAUGGUUUAUCAUUGGCAAGAGGCAAGGUGGCUUCACGCGACAUUCCCACAACCUGGCCUCUUCCCCGCCCUGGCUUACCGAGCGCCGUCGCCCACCGCCCCAUCCUUGCUCUUGUAAACCCGAGAUGCUGCUACACAGAUGCCAAAUGGAAAUCUUCCACAGGGCUCUUGAGUAAACUCGCGGUAUGGUGUCCACGCCCCUCCCCUGCCCGCUGUCACUGUCAGAAAACAAGUGGGACCUUCCAGCUGUGCUCUGUGCUCUGCGCCAGGAGGGCAUCUUUAGACCCAUGUGUUUAAAGGAGAGAACUCUGGGGCCUGCAGCCCUGCCCCUCCUUCCAGGGAGCCAACUGUCCCUCUUCCCCUCUGUCCCUGGGCCCAUGGGGCCCAGCAGUGGCCGUGUCCCCGCCCGAGGACCUCUGUGCCUCCCGCCUCAGACGCGGUCCACGCCAGAGAGGCUGCCUGUACAGCCAGGGUCGGUUGGCCCCAAACAGGGAUUCAGAAACCAAAUGUGUGUUGUGGCCAUUUCGUGUGUGUCUCUGUCUUAUUUUAAUACCAAAUUCAUCACGUGUAGUGAAAUUAAUGUCAGGCGGUAUUUCUUGAGUGACUGAGCUCUUAAUUAUCUUAUCUGUGUUUUAAGUGUUAACCCAAGGGAGACGUGCAUUUUGUCGGCAACAUUUAUACACUGAAAUGAAUUGCUCCUGAGCGCUGUUUUCACAUAGAACUGUCAGUCUGCGCUGCAUCCAGUCACUAGGCGAGAGGAUAGCCUUUUCUCCAGUGGGUCCCACUGAGCAAAGGGCAGCCCUGGGGCUAAGCAGCAGUUCUCUUCUCCUUCGUCCAGGUAGGAUGGUGCUCCCCAGGCUGGGCUCUGCCGGGCGGGAGCUGUGGGUGGCGGGGGGGAGGCCAGCAGUGUGUGCUGGGCUUGCUUUCCAGCCAGCAGCUCAGUGGCUUCAGUGUCAGAUGCGCCCCUGGCUCAGCAUUUCUUCUGGAACCUCAGUCAGGGAGUGGCUUCCUCAGAAGGUACCACAUCCCUCAGGGAAGUACUGGCCUCACCUGGUGGACAUCAGGGCGCCCCCUAACGGAACCCAGGCCUGCUGCUGGUGUCCAAGCUGCUAUGGUGGAACUUGACAUUAGUGGGGUGCAGCACUGCAAGUGCCCCCUUUUGUAAACAAAUCUAUCCAGACGUAAAGGCCUCACUUUCUAAUGAUGUGUCUUGCUGAGGACAAUGCCAGCUUGGCGUGACAUGGCAUCCGAGGCUGUCUGUAAGGGGCACGGAAACAAGAGAGUUCCCUGUAACAAAGUGAAACCCAGGCCUUGCUGGGGAGGAAGCUUCUGCCUCUGGGCUGGGACAGCACUUGCUGUCCCUGUGCUGUGGUGGUUCCUCCGGCCGCCAAGCUCUUCACCCAUCAGCCUCCCCUGGCCGAACUGACUCAAUCUGCCUCUCCACACAGUCUGUCUCGGGGUGCCUUGCUACUGGAAGGCGCCUCUGGAACCAGAGUACUAUGAUUUUUGGAUCUUUUUUUGGAGCCCUGCUGCUCCUCUGUGAAUCCUAAAGCCCUGUUGAGAGUAUUCCAGCUGCCAACUCCUUGACUUCAGGGAGAAAUUUUUCGAUGCCACCUUACCUGUUCAGUGUGUGGCUUUUUGAAGAAGCCUCCUCUAUUCAAGGAGGGAGAGCUGUGUAGGGGGGUUCCCGGAGGAUGAGGUUUUAGCCUCCCGAGUUCAUGUUUAUUUUCUAUAAACCACUCUUUGCCUUUGAUUUUUCACCCUAUGUUAGAACAGUGGGGCAUCCAACAUAAGUUCUGUCUGGUCCCUUAAGGAAUGAAGGCUAACAUUUGGCUACAGUUACAUCUGCUUUGGGGAAAUCUCCAGACCCUGCAGAAAGAAACACUCAACAUCUGAGGGACAGAUUCCUUUUUCAGGCCCCACGUUCCUUCUGGAAACUAACUUCAGACUGUUGAAGGAGAAACACAAGCUCAUUGCUUCUGUGGGGCAGCGGAAUGAUCUUGACGUAGAAGGUCUCUGCAGUUCAUGUCUGUAAAGUCAAUGUAAGCAAGGCAGAGAAAGACCAUCAUGUAGUUGAGAUCUUGAUGUGCAGGGGCCCGUCAGCACCACUGAUGGAUCAUCCUGUCCUAGGGCUGCUGGCUUUGUAAGCGUGGCCCUGGAGUGGGCUGUGGAGCAGACACAGGCCCUGGGAUCCUGAGUUCUGUGGCAGCCCCAUUGUCAGGCCCAGGGCCUGACUUCUCUUCGGGGGCCUCCAUGACCCCUGCUGUGAACCCUGGUUCUGUGGGACCAGAUAGGGCCACCUCCUGCUCCUAAAUAGCAUUGUGGCAUCCUGAAAGUUCCUCCUGGAACUGGAUCCCUAGCCUCCAGACCUUUCCAGGACAAUCUGCUUUCUCUUCAUACAUGAGAAAGACUUUUUUUCCCCACUGCUUUAGAGCCCCCCGCCCCCUUUAAUUCUUUGUUCCAUAUUGAUCAGGCAAGUCCCAAAAUCAUAUAUUUAAACUCUUAGGAGAACAGAACCUUAAGAUUUGUGCGUGCAAACUGGGAUGCGAAUCGACUCGCUUAGGCCUUGGGUCUUACAUAAUUUGAAUUGGAAAGGACACCCCAUUUAACUCUUUUUUUCCCCCUCCCUCCUGGAAGAGAGCUCAGUGCCCAUGCUGACAGGGUUGUCUCCCCAAGUGGGAGGAGUAGGGCCUCUUGCCGUUUUCUAAUAGUGUUUCAAGGAACUUUUGUGCAAAUGUGGAAUGCAAAGCUUCACACUACUAUGGAACGUUAACUGUGAAUACAUUUACCUGUGCUACCCCCAGUACUAUUCAACUAAAGGACCAGCUUUUCCAAGUCUAGGAAAACUAGUGGUAGAUGCAAGUAAAACUGCAUUUUCCUUAGGAAAUGAAGCAACAGGAAUUGGGGCUAAGCAGGGGCCGUGAACUUCUGUCCUCAAAUUACCUCAGGUUGAGGAGCAGACCUAAGUAGGCCCUGGCUAACUGAGCCUGUAUCCCGGCUGGUCAAAAACAAAACCCAACGAUGUCAUCUUCUGACAACCAGCCAGGGAUCUGACCGUCUUUGCCUCUCCUGGGCCGGACACCAGGAUGCCUCCAGUGUUCCUUCCCCAGGGGUGAUGCCAGGCGGAAGACUCGCCUGGGCCAGCAUAGGGAGGUGCUCUCCUUGUUCUCCGGGAUCCUAAGCAAGAGGCCACCGGCGAGCAUUGGUUUGGUGCAUGUCACACGACCCAAGCUCCUUGCUGGCAGGAGAGCAGGAACAACUCCCCUCUCAGCUUUGAUCCCAGAGACAAGGUUUUCUUGAAGAGUGUUAAGGCCACCGAGGCUGAGCCGGCGGUUCAGGGCGUGGAGGCUUCUGGGACACCAGGGCUUGCUUUCCUACUUGAGGACACAGGCUCUGGUCCUGGGUCUGGUGUAGUUUUGUUCCGGCCUCUGGACUAGUGGUGCUUCUGUCUAGGAAGGACAUCUGGGUGGGUGGGAGGUUAACCCAGACUCAGGAGGGAUUUAGAGAGGUCAAUAUGAACGUGAUUUGAGGAUUCAGAAACUUUUCCCAUGUAAAUACAUCAGUGAGCAACCUACUCAGUGGAUUUUUAUACCUCAGGGCCAUUUGCAAACCUUUAUCUUUCCACGUUUCUCUUGUAUUCCCACGGGCUGAUAGGAGAGAUGAGUUCAGAGAAUUCUAGGAUGCUGUUCCCUUGCCUUCAUUUGAGGAUGUGCGAGGCAGUGGUGCCAAGCUUGCUUGAGGCCGACCGAGACAGUGGGCCUCCCUGCUCUGCACGCGCAUGCAGGCGUCCUUCCUGCAGUGAGUGCUUGCCCACCCGUUUUCCUCCUGCCCUGUCGGAAUUCAGGAAGAUGCCAGAGUCCGUGGCCAGCCCUGCGAGCAGGAGGAAGAUGGCGGUUCACAGCAGCUGCCCAGCUUGGAGCAGCUUUCCUCCCACCUCCUCAGGCUGGGGACCUUCUUCGCUUUUCAGACCUUUGUGGUUGGCUUGGCUUAAGUAAAGCUUUUUCUCUUUAUCUGCUGGAGCCACUGACAUCAUCUCAGUAGAGUUGUUUUAUAUAUCAGGCUGUACUGGAAGCAACAUGGAAACAAAGGUUCUAGUGGCAAGAGUAUAAAGUUCUAGGAGUUUGUGCGCCAAGACCCACCAUGUACUGUGAGAUUCACGUGAGUACAUGUUUUCAAGUUUCCAUAAUACAUUACAAUGAACAAAUUGGAAGAGUGGCUGGGAGUAUUGUCUUGCCUCACGUGGCAGGGUAUCUUCUGGCAUUUGUCCACGUCCGCCCAACAUGGAUUCACCUGGGAAGUGAUUCUUUUGGGGCCAGAUUCCUCUCCAGACUCACCCUGGAGAGACCUGUCAAAUGGACCUGGUGGGCUUUGGGUGCCUGCCCUUUUAGUUGCAGGCCCCUUGGGUAUAAACAGCUGGUUUCAGGCUCUCAGAGCACAAGACAGAGGGGAAGAGAAAGGCCUCAGGACUCUCAUUCCCCAGAGAGCACCAGCCUAGCUCCUGAUUCCUUACUCCCCGCAUCCGAAGUCUACUGUGAAGGUGGAAUGUGUCAGUCCAUUGACUUUUCUUGUUUCUGGAGUCCUUUAAGUUCACAAAUGUAUAUGCUUUAUUUUAUAUGAUUAUUUAUUAUGUACAUAUGCCUCUACCGUUAGUACCCUGUCUGUGACUGAGAUGAGAUCUGCUCUGGAGCCCCUUAUCCAUGGAGCCUAGGGUUCUGUUGUCUUUCCAAGUGGUGAGAAGGAGCGCUUUCGUUUUUGUCUUAAACAGGUUGCUGCUCUUAAUGUUGGUCCUAGUGUCCCGGCCCCUUUUGCUGGGCCCACCUCUGUUCCUGACGGCCAGUGUUGGGGAUGAGGAUGGAGGCGAGUCUCCUACUUGAUGGCAGGGCCUCUCAAGAACCUCUGUGAAAUACUUUCGAGGUGGUCUCCAGGUGACUGGACCUAUCCUCUAGGUGGUGGUACAGCGUGGCUGUGAGGCCAGAGCCUCCUUCCUCACUCUCACACUCCCAAGCCAGGUGGGUGUCCUGGCCCCGCGACAGUGAUGGUGGUCUCUAAUUCCCACCUUGGAUGGCAGAAUCCAUCUCUCUGGACCACGGAAGCUGCCUGCCCAUCCGGGCUUCUGAUAAUGCCUUUUCUUGGUUUGAGGCCCAGCGCCAACAUUGCCUUGGUGCCUCGAAGACCCUGCUUUUGUGUCUGAUUUCUGUCCUCCUUAGCCUUUACUCACUGUAUCAUAGUGUACAUUUCAUGCUUUGUAGCAGUGAAGUUUUCUGAACACAGUAUUCAGAGCUGUGUACAUAAACCUAAAUAAGCACAAAUGACAUGUAUAGGUUUCAUGAGCUGAUUGUCAUAAAGAAUGCAUUUUAUAAUUCAAAUGAUGUUGUAGAUUUACAAUCUCCUAUUUAUUUUGUAUCAAUUUAUUUGUAAAUUUUGUGAUUGUUUUAAAAGGUUUUUGUUCAUUUCUAUUAUUCUAUUUAGAUAAAUGAUGAUUUCUGUUCACCCUUCUAGCGGAUGUGUGUUCCCUUCCCCCUGUCAUCUAUGCAACACUGACCUCCGUCCCCUGUCUGGUGGGAGAGUUGGGCAGCACAGCAGGGCAUGUCCUUUGGACGGACACCACCAAGUCUUAACGCUACAAGACAAGUGGAGCUAGAACUGUGCCUCCAGCUUCCAGUUGGGUAGAGCCAGUGCCAGGGGUGUGUUUGCCUUUUUAGGAACUGUAAUCUGCCCCCAGUGAGUUCACUUUAGAUGAAGCUACUCGGGGUAGCCACUCAAAUUGCCCCAGACAUUUGCUGCGCAGUCACGAAUAACACAUUUCACUGGCAAAGUGUCUUAAGCUGUUUCUCCCUAGGCGAGACCAAAGGCCUUAUUCAAGCCUCUCAACUGGCUCUUGAAGAUGGAAGUGGCUCUGUAGGUCCUUCCCUGUGAUGGCAAGCCUAGGAGAAAGGUCACAGUGGGCACAGAUGAUCUACCCUCAAGUUAAAAACACUGGGCAUAGUGUGGUGAGUUGUGUUCGGAUGCUCUUCAGGAUUCAGCGGGCCUCCCACAUCCCCUAAUAAGCCACGUCCUCUCCCACUGUCACUUCUUUUCUGGUCUUCUAGUCCACCUUGCCCUCCUCACUCACGUGACCAGACCCCGAGGACUUUCCUGUCCAGGUUCACAGCCCCUCUGUGAUCCACUCCUAGACCACAUCCUUUGGAAUCCUUUUUUCCCUCCACUCUUAGUCUGGUUUAUAGUCUUCUGAGAACUGAGCCUCUUGAUGACUGGUUCCUUGUUCUUCCCACCGUAUAUUGUUUAACCACGAUGUUCAGUCUGUCUUACUUACACUGGUCCUGUGCAUGGGGACCUAUCAGUGAACUGCUGACCAGAUUGGCUCUGAGAUGCUUCUGACCUAACCACCACUCCCACCUCUCCAAUCACCACCCCGUUUCUUGAAAGUAGAACAAGGUAGAUCUACUUUCCAGUGAAGUGCUAUCUUCUUGGGAGCCUGUGUGCUUUCCUUAGAAGCGGAACAAAAACCCGCAGCAGGGCCGGGGUAGGACUGCUCUCUUUGCUUAGUUUGUCCUGCUUUACAUCACUUUGUCUGGAUGAGUCCUGAGUUCAAAUCAGGACAUUCUCCAAGGAAGAUAAAGGUGAUCUUCCUACUGUGAACAUGAGAUUUGCCUAAACCUUCCCUCUGCUUCCAUAGGGUUGCCCACAUGUUGGUUCAUUUCUAAGCUUUAUCAUGGAAAAAGCUCUGGGGUUUCUAUUUCAUCUAACAAAUUAUGCUCCCCAGCACCUCUUCUCAACUCAGCACUUCUGAGGACACAGAUAGUGAUCAGAAGGUCUUGUAGAGAAAGCGACUGGUACAAACUGAAUGACCUUUUUGUUAGCCUGGAGGCGAUUUCUGCAAACACACUUUUGAAGGUAAUUCAGUUUAAUCAAGAGAUGAUUCCUCAUUAAAGCCAAAAUGUUAAAUUACAUGGGAUGGCUAAUAAACUUUUGAUUCCUUUGUA